GCCGGGCUUAAUUAAGAUCCCACUGGAGUCUGGAGCCAAGGAUGAAGAAAAGAAGGAGGAGGGGAAGAGGGAGUUCCGGCAUUCCUCAGCUUAUCCACACAUUUCCAAAUAGCAGGCGCAAUCUAAGAAGAAGAUACACCAAGUACUCUCCAGCCUGGCUGAAGGAGCGGGAUGACGCGGUGGUGUCCACACUGCAAAAAGACGGGGUCCAAUGCAAGAUGUUCCACUCGUACUACACCAGAGACCCUUACUCUGUCAGCACGGAGGGUGUGGGACUCAGAGGAAUUGGAUCUGUGUCUCACUUCAUAAGCUGCUGCAGACAGAACCGAGCAGGCCCCGCAUUUGGGCCUCCACUGGACCCGCCCGUGUCUCUCCCCGCACCCUCCAGUUAGCCUCAGGGUAUCCCCUUAGACGCACUGGGCCUGACACGCAUGCCACGCAUGAAGGACGGUACCACGAUUGAUUGGGCAGUGAACAUUCGCAAGUCCUGGGAUUUCAGUGAAGAGGGAGCACAUGACAGGCUAGAAGCGUUUCUCCAUGAUGCACAGACACUUUGUCAUUUGCAAUUUAAAGAUUCCCAUUCAAAUGUGUGUACAGAUACGACAAAGAGUCCCUCGGGCAGGGCUGAUGCCCCCAACACCAGCACUCUAUCGCCGUACCUUCAUUUUGGUCAGCUCAGCCCCCGCUGGUUCCUGUGGGAUGCCAAGCGGACGCACUGUCAGCCACCGAAAUUCCAACGCAAACUGGCAUGGAGGGAUUUGGCUUAUUCGCAGCUCACGUUGUUUCCAGAUCUUCCCUGGGAAUCCCUCAGGCCUCCAUACAGGUGACUGCGGUGGAGCAGCGAUCGCAGUUACCUGAAGGCUUGGCAGCGAGGCCGAACAGGCUACCCUCUGGGAGCCAUGAGGCAGCUGUGGCUGACGGGCUGGAUGAACAACUACACUAGCGUGGUGGCAUCUUUCCUCAUAGUGUGUCUUCAUCUACCCCGGCAGGAGGGCUACCGCUGGUUCCUGGGUUAGAACUGGAACUUCGUCAUGCAUCCUGUUGACGCCGCCAUGACGUGCGACCCGUACAGCAGGAAAUAGUGUCCCGAACUUGCUGAACUGCCUGAUGAUCUUUUUCACAGACCUUGGAAAUGCCCGGCGUCCCUCCUGCGACGUGCAGGUAAGGCCUGCCGCGCACCUGAGACGGAACUGGACAAUUCAAACAAAUUACAAUUGAUGACUGACCUUUCCAACCCCUGUUCGUGUUUACUUAGGUGUGUCGCCCUGGUACAAAGACAACACUGAGAAUAUGUGGACAAACGCACGGGCUGCGACUUGGUGCCUCUGCCGCCCCGCCUGGUCUCUGAAGCCCUGGGCUUAGUGCACUCUCCCAGAAGCGAACACUUCCUUCUUCCAGUCAUUACCCGCAUGGAAUUCAAGUACCAGCUGGACGACCUGGACGCAGACACCACCGCCAAUCCUUACAACGCUCUGCUCAGGGGCUACGUUAGCCGCAAGAGGGACGAGACCGUGGCGUUUCUCUACGAGCGAGAUUUCGCCACCAGCGUCUUGCACGAGGGAGCCCUGAGUAGGGAGAGGCUGGAGAGCGACCGUCGCCGCAUGGAGGGUCUCCCCCCCCCACAGAGGCUCCCGUCGCGGGGACGAGCCAAACACACCACAAACGCAAAGGACCGUUUUUCUAUUUUACAGAGUGGGGCUAUUCUUACUACACAGGUGAUACGCACUCACAAGCCCACUUUCCAGUCCAGUCAGGAUUUCGUGGGCUUAUCGUGAUUGUUACGGCCUAUAAUGCCCAAUUUCAUGACAGCACUUUACAAAAGAUUUGGGAUAUGUGAUUUUUAAGAGCUUUUGUGAUUAAAUAUUAGCAUUAAACUUUCCCCCCCCACACCUUUUUCCUCUGCUUGACUUAGUGACUUAUCUUAGACACUCAUGCAUCGCAUCUCUGAUUACAUGAUACGUUAAACUACACUAGUCCCAAGCCAGUGGCGUGAUAGGAAAUUGGGGGUGAGCAUGUAAUUUUCAUCUGAAUGGUAUUAGGUGAGAAAGAUUUAAUCGUAGUUAGAAAGUUCAUAACGUGACAAAAUAACCAUGAGGUACAAAUGUACGUACUGCCCAAGGGAACACCAAUAGCUUAGUUUUAUGUUACAUAAUGUAAUGCUUUGAGUUCGUGUGGAUGAAAAUACGACGUACCAGUUAUUUACUGUUUAAGUCAGUUGUCAUCUUUAUUUUAUUUUGUUAUUCCACUGAGUAGAAUUUCCAUUUUAUAGUUCAGAUUUUUUUUUUCUUCGACAGGAUUUUUAAAUGCAAUUUAUUUACAAUACUUAAUUCCACACCACUAAUAUGCCAUUGUUUUAUUUGUUUACUUGGUUUGUACCACUGCUGCACUAGACAGACAAAAACGUAUCAUGUUGGGAUACCUUUAUUCAAAUAAAAAUUU